GAAAAAAGCAAGUGUGUAGGUCGUCAAUUAGUUUUGCAUGUUGCGAAGAGAGUAAAGAUGAAUUCACGAUCUCUUAUAGUGUGGUUUCUUUUGUUGACGGCUGUUUUAGCCGUUACCGUUUCUGCUUCCAUCGAUGACACAAAACAAGCUGUUGAAAACCAAGUGGAGGACUCAAAGUCGGCAGAGAUUCCUCUCGUAGAAGCAGAUGAAAUCCUUGGUGAAGAAGAAGAAGAAUCCAAAUAUAGCCAAGGAGGUAGAGGUGGCCAUGGCAGUGGAAGUGGCCACGGAGGACAUAAAGGUGGUGGUGCUGGCCAAGGAGGAAUGAAGGGCGGUGGUCAAGGCGGCCAAGGAGGACAGAAGGGCGGAGGUGGUCAAGGCGGCCAAGGAGGACAGAAGGGAGGAGGUGGUCAAGGCGGCCAAGGAGGACAGAAGGGCGGAGGUGGUCAAGGCGGCCAAGGAGGACAGAAGGGCGGAGGUGGCCAAGGAGGCCAAGGAGGACAGAAGGGCGGAGGUGGCCAAGGCGGCCAAGGAGGACAGAAGGGCGGAGGUGGCCAAGGCGGCCAAGGAGGACAGAAGGGCGGAGGUGGUCAAGGCGGCCAAGGAGGACAAAAGGGUGGAGGUGGUCAAGGAGGACAUAAGGGAGGAGGCGGCCAAGGAGGACAGAAGGGCGGAGGCGGUGGACAAGGAGGAUACAAAGGCGGCGGUGGGGGUGGACAAGGAGGACACAAAGGUGGCGGUGGGGGUGGCCAAGGAGGACACAAAGGUGGUGGUGGUGGAGGUAGCCAAGGAGGACACAAAGGAGGUGGAGGCGGCAGAGGAGGUGGUAGCGGACGAGGAGGAGGUGGAGGUGGCGGGGGAAUGUAGAGUAUCUCCGCCGAUAUCUAGCAAGUUUUUAUUUUUAAUGCCAAGUGUUAACGUAUACUAAACUACAAUAAAGUUACAUGUAAGCGUCCGAGUCACACCACUUCACCGAAUGUUUAUAGGCUUCGGUGUCGCAAAAGUUCUAUGCUUCUCUCAACAUAUUAUCACAAAAAGUAUCAGUCGCG